CUCCUCAUGAAAGCCACUUCAAGCAGCACUGAUUUAGUGAUUUCACCUUCAACCAAUUCAACAAAUAUUCUGACAACAGUUUCUUCUUCACAAGAUGUCGCAACAUUCAUUGAAAUGACACCAACCUCUCCAACCAGUAUUGUAAAACAAAGCAAUUACUCAACUGGAAUACAAAAAAGAGAUUCUCUUCAUAAAUCUGUAACUGGAAAGAGUUUACCAUCCUCCAUGAAAACGCCAAUGACCAGUUCGGUGACUGGUUUUCAUUCAAAAACCUUCAAAAUUUACACUUGUUGCGGAGUAUUGGAAUUGAACUGUCUCAAGUUGACCAGUUUUGCUGCACUUGGUAUUAGUAUCUUUGCCUUUCUGUGUCUAAUCAUUAUCAUUUCCAUUAACUUUUCCAUUGUAAACUUGCUUCAUACCAAGCUCAAUCAUUUGGACACUUCAGGAACCUUUGACAGAGAUUUAAUGAUUUUGGCAUGUCGAGUUUCUGUCACUAAUCAAUAUAACAGAAGUCUAUCAUUGGAAUAUGCCAAAUUAUAUAGUGAAUAUUCUGAUAGAUAUUACGAAUCUUUGAAUAAUUUGGUUGCGAAUGUGCCUCCUGAAAUACUUUACUGGAAUCAACAUGGCAUGUCAAGAGAAGAUGUCAAAUCAAGAAGAGCUGUCAAACAGGAACUUGCCAUGAUUGAAUUAGUCAAGAGUGGCAAUUAUUCAAGUGCAAUUUCAAUUUUAGAUUCAAGUCAAUAUAAGGAAUUACUCACUGGAUAUCAAGACGAAGUUCAAAGUAUUUUUGAUUAUGUUGAGAGUUUGAAACAAGAAAAUUCUGAUUUGGAUUUGGCAACGACUACCACUUCAUUGAUUAUUAUUUGUGUUUCACUUGUUGUAGUGAUUCCUGUAUUGUUGGUAUUUGUCAUGUUGAGUAUUCGAAAGGAUAAUUCGAAAGAGAAACAAUUGAGACUUGUUAGAAAGUAUAUGAUUAUGGACACUAUCAAUGAUGUGAAAUUAUCCGAACAAUUCAAAGAGUUUUGUAAACAAGAGAGAAGUGAAGAUAACUUUGUGCUAUUGGAAAAAAUCAACGAAUAUAAGAAACUGUGCGAAAGAAGUUAUGAUAUUCAGGUGUUUUUAUACGAUACAGACAUUUUGAGUAGCUCAGCUUCCUCAUCUACCUCAAGUACAGACGAUUCUUCCAAAAAGAAGAAUAAGAAAGGUUUCUCUGAAAAGGAUGUAGUAGAAAUUGAAAAGAAAAAGUUUGAAAUUGCAUUCGAAAUCUUUACCGAUUUUCUCGAUGUUACUGGUGAUAGAUCAGUGAACAUUAGCAAGCACUUGGCAGAUUUUGUCAAACAACACUUGGAUUUCUUUGCUAAAGGAGAGAAUGAGUCCAUGCCAGAGAAUUUAUUCGAAACAAUUGAAUGUGAAAUGUGUGUCUUGAUGAUGGACACGCAUCAUAGAUUCAAGCAGUUCAUUGAAACUCAAUUAAGAGAAAAGAAGAUGAAAAUUCGUUCCGUUCACAUUGUUUCAAUAAAGAAGUAAUGCUAUGU